AUGUCUAAUAACACAAGAUCUCAUAGAGAGACCGAAGCAGCCACAGGCUCCCGCGAUCCCACUAAGUCACCUCGUGGAAAGACCACCCUGGCCGAUACCGUCGCUGCCGACCCAGGCACUCCGACCAGGAAAAGCCCUAUAAGAGCUACCCCUACCCGCAAAGCAACCCCUACCCGCAAAACCCCAGCCUCACCAAGCACCACCCAGCCUGUCCCCGACUCCCCUGUUCCCCGCGGCCGCCGCACCCUCGCAACAAAGCCCCCCCGCAAAAUCACCAAAGCUGUCGCCCCUUCUAGCCCGGUCCGGAGGUCCUCCAGGCCCCCCGUUCCAAUCGACCGCUACACAGACCCAUGGAUGUCAACCCGGAGGCCCUCCUCUCCCUCAAAGAGAGAUAUGGAAGACGAGAUGGGGAGGGUGUAUGAGCUGUCGGCGAAUAUGGGAACCGAGGAGGAGCAGAGCUACAGUUUGAUGCCGUGUGCGAGGGCGGGGCUCAUGGGGGCUUAUGUGAUAGUGUGGGGACUGGACGAGAAGGAGGGUGUUCGCAGGGAGAUGAUGUUGUCCGUUUGGGAGGAGCCUGAGAAGGGAGUGAAGCCUCCUAAGGCACCGAAAUCGCCGGCUAAGCGUAAAGUUGCCAAGAAGGAGUCGUCGUCUAAGAAGUCUAAACCUACCAGGAAGCUAAAGGUGGUGGAGAAAGCUCCCGAAGAGUAUGACGAUGACGAAGUGGUGGAGGAGGAGAAGGAGGAGGAGAAGGAAGAAUCUCCGAAGAAGAAAGUAAUGCCCAAGAAACCGAGAUCCCCAGUGAAGCCGAAGGCCCUGACUAAAGGGAAAGGGAAAGUUACAGCAGAAGUGGAGUCUCCGGAGAAGCCGAAAGCUGUGAGGAAGCCGAGAUCUCCGGUAAAGCCAAAGGUGCCGGCCAAGAAGGGCAAGGCCCUACUAGCACAGGAAGUAAAGAAAGUGGCGGAAUCCCCAGCGACAACUCACCAGGCGUACGUGGAGGAAGAGGACGAAUUAUCCCGACAGGAGCAGAAGGAGAAGCGCCAGAGAGAGCGCCGGCUCCGGCUGGCGGGUGUUAAGCCUUCAUGGUAUAGUUCGGACCCGGACGUGUAG